AUGAUGGGGUUCCCCACUGGUCGACCGUACAAGGGAACGGCGGAUCAGAAACAGAGUCUCGAAGCCCAAUUCCUACGCAAGUCCGAGUUUCAACGAACCCAUCAUAUCCCCAUCUGGAAUGGAGAGUUCGGCCCGGUCUAUGCGAAUCCGAAAUGGGAUGAGAAUGCCGACGAGCUGAGGAUCUACGAUCGGUUCCACAUCGCUUGGUCCAUCUGGUUGUUCAAGGAUGUCGGGCUGCGAGGCAUGGUCUACACUUUUCCAGAUUCGGCGUGGAAUAGGCUGGUUGAACCGAUGCGCGAGAAGAAGAAACGACUCCAGCUCGAUGCGUGGGGCACUUAUCCGGCCAAGGAGGUCGAGGAUGUCAUGAACCCUCUGGUCAAGUGGAUCGAUUUCGUAUCGCCCACGGCUAACGAUGUAUACCCUUCGACUUGGAAUACUGCGAGACAUGUCGAGCGUCCGGUUUUGCAGACGUUCUUGGCGGAGACUUUCGUCGGGGAGUUUGCGGAACUUUUUCGCGGCAAAGGUGAAGAGGAACUGGAGGAGUUGGCGAAGAGUUUCGCAUUCGAGAGCUGUGUUCAGCGAGAUGGCUUGAACAAAAUCAUGGCUGACUAUGCGGCUGUCGCUGCGACGGAGGCGGAGAUAGAUGGCACUGCAGAGUAA